AUCAGCUGUUGUGCGCAGCCUGAGAUCAGAGCUAUUGACGAGGACAUGUAAGUAUUGAACUGCUUUUCUAAGGUCACUCACUGUCGUCUGGCCAGCUUUUUGGUGGCUGUCUGCUAGCUAGCUGUCUGUCUGCUGCCACAAAUAUAGGUAGCCAGCUCAAGCAAAGUAGAGCUGUUUAAUUGGAAUCUAUAUCCCAGAGCCUACCUGUGCUUGCUUCUUCUAGUCUUGGUCAAUCCUCGGUCAACUCAUCGCCCAUCCAGAGGCUCGGCUCAGAUCAGCUCGUGCAGAUACCUACAGUGAAUUGAAUGUUCCUCAGCAUAAUAAUAUAAAUGCCCCAGUAUUUCCGCUGGGGGGCAACUAGGUUCCUCCGUGAAGCAGAUAACUGAUCAUCUGAUCUGGUGCAAUAUUUGGUUUAAGGUGCUCACUUGUGAUCUACUUAAUUCUUUGAUCAUACCACCAUCCAAUCUCCGAUAGUUUUACCGGAUUACGAGGAAACUGAGCCUGAAUAAAUGAAUCAUCUUCUGACAACUCAAAAUUUUAUCAAAUCUGGAGCCUUGGAAUAUCAUCUGUUUUGUGAAUAAUACUUUUCAGACACUGCAGCUGUGAAAAUAUUUCUGUUGUUGCUUCAUCAGUGCCGCUUGUGCAUCCUCUUUGCCUGACAUUAUGAUGUACAUUGUAUGUUUUAAAUGAACUCCAGUAAUUUUUGGGUAUUGGACAGUGUACAAAUCAUCAAAGAAUAAUUUGAGGUCAUCAAGAACUAGUUGAAUACUGUCACUUCGACUUUUGUUUUGAGACUAAGUUUCAUCUUCUUAUCGAUCAUCCAGCUUGUUGAUUAAACAUGAGGGUUAUUUUGGGCCUUCCGAAUGCAGCCAAGUUAUCUGAUAUAAAGGAUGGCUGUAACCCGACCCAGGGUCAGGGGACGGAGACAGGGGAGGUGCCUUCGAGCAGGAAGGAAGAGCAGAAAUGUGAUGGCUCUGUUUUGCCAUCCCUCCGCUGGAUAGAUUCUGCUGAGGGAUCUGACGAUGACUGCAGUAUGCAGAGCUUGAUCGGUGCGGAGGAAGAAGGAAGCCAAAGUGAGCUUGGACAAAGAUCUGAAUCCAGUAAGGUUAGCCAGGAGAGGGGAUGUCAUGGUAGCAGUACUUCUAGUCUUGGAGAGAGAGACUGUCUUUUAAAUGGUGUCAAAGACGCUCUGGACAAUGUUACUGGUGUCCCGGGACCUGGUACUUUUUCAUUGGACUCCAUUGUGAACAGCGGCUGUCAAACUGAUAUGAACGGCAGGAAUCUUCAGGUACCUGAACAGCAUUUCAGGGACACCAAAGACACAUUACAAGAGUGCAUCAAGAAGUGCUCCGAGUCUCAUCCAAAAGCAUUACCAUCAUCAUAUCCGCAGUGUCCAAGCGCAAGGAUGUCCAGCCCUAUCUUGCCUUCCUUAUCCCCCAUCCAUCCCAAUGGAUCCCUUUUGAGGAGCAUGCCUGUUUCUCCACCAGCAGCGACCACCUUCCGACCUAUCAGAAGCAACCAUUCCAUCUGCAGUACGGCCGAACACAAAACCCUCUUCCACCAGGAAGAGCAAACUCUUAGCAAGUGCAUCGGAGGGACAUCCCAGUCUAUCUGUGAACCCGAGGAGUGCCUUGUGAUUAUGACUGAGAAUGAUUUAGAUGAUUUUCAUGGAUCAAGGUCUCCAAGGACACAAUCUUGUCUUCAGCAAUGUGAACCAUCCGGACCAAAGGGAAUGUCAGUUAUCAGUAUGACCAGUUUUGGAUCGCAGAGCAGUGGUGAAGGUCCCAUUUGCCGGAUCUGCCACGAGGGUCCUCUCUCAGACGAUGGCUUACUUGCCCCCUGCCAUUGCUCAGGAACGCUCACCUACCAACAUCGCAAGUGCCUGGAACGAUGGCUACAGACAAGAGGAAAAGAUGCAUGUGAACUCUGCGACUAUCAUUUCAAGACGGAACGUAAAGGCCGGCCUUUCUCAGAGUGGAUCCAGCAGCCCGAGCGUAUCCGUGACAGACGCAACAUCCUGGUAGACUGUAGCUGCUUCACUCUCCUCACCCCAUUGGUCUGUAUCUCCACCUGGCUGUGUGUCAACGGAGCCUACCAUUACCUCAACUACUACGAAGGGCGUGGCUGGGAGGGCAUGGGGCUUGUUACCUUGGCAACCGUCCUCAUCUUUAUAUAUCUGUUCUGGAGCCUGGUAAGAUAUAGUAUUGAUUGUACUCUCUUUUUUUGUGCGUGUGGGUGUGUGUCUGUGUUUAAACCUUUGCGUGCGGAUGUUGCACUUUUGUAGAAUUACACAAUUGUAAUAAUUAGUUUUCUCCUUUACAUACAUAAUGGAGAAGUUUAUAAAUUACAAUAGUUCUUGGAUAGCAUCUAUAAAAAAAAACAUGAGUAUCAAUGGUGCAAUGUAGAAAUCUUCAAAGAAAAUAACAUUAAAACAGUUGUCAUUAUAACCCCCCCAAACAAAAAAUCCAUUCAGUAUGCAAAGAGUUAAUUUGCAGAUGAAAAGAACAGAUGGUUAUUUUCCUGUUUCAUUUAUCUAUCGUUCCCAAAAUGGUAUUCAACAUUAAUCCGAUUGUAAGGGCUAAAGAGCCGAUUUCUUUCAUGAUUCUUUUUUUUUUUUUGGGGGGGGGGCUGAUGGAAUUUACUAGAGUGUUGUGGCGUUCAGGAGCAUUCUUUUGAAAAACUGACUUCAUCAUUCACUCUUUUAUUUUGUCGGACUUGUAUGAACUAUCAUUAGAUGAUGAUAUUUUAGAGUAAAUUGAAUUUUCUCCUUUUAUCCCACUACAUUUUCAGUAUGCAUCUAUAGGUCAGUAUAAAGGUAAAAAACAAAUCAUAAAAUUGGUAAAUAGUUGAGACUGUUUGUCCCCAGUGUCAAGAUUAAAGUUCUGAGCAUCCUAAGGUUGAGAUGCAAGCAUUUUUAAAGGACUUAAAAUAUUGUCAAUAUCAAUUUUUUUUUAUCAGUUUUGAAAUUUCAUAUCAUUAUUUUAUUCCAGCUUUGAUAUCCACUUUUCCAAACUGUAUAGAAAAAAAUAAAAAAUUAAUUAAGCCUGCGUGUAUUUUUUUUUCUUUUUGACACACGAUUUUGUUAUAAAAACGAAUUCACACCAAAUAUGAUUAGUAAAACUUUCGGUAUUAAUGUCUGUUUCUACACCUCAAGGCGGGGGGGGGGGGGGGGGGGGGGGGGAGAACAUGUUUGUCAGUUUUUGACAAACUUACCCUUCUUCACCCCUAAAUACAUUAAUUGAUUGCUCAAUGAAUAUUUGCUUGUUUGAAUAAUGAUUAAUCAGUAUCCAUCUGUCAAUUGGCAACCGUGAGCAAACCCUAUACCCGAGACCUUGAUCUGCUCCGUCUAAACCUAAUCAAUCCCGACACCUGAUCGAGCAGGAGAAUUACAUGCCCGGCUGGCAGCUUCCCCGAGCGCGAGUGAAGCGCAAACGUCAUUCCCCAGGUACACUAGACCGCCGAUUGCCAGACGAUUUGUAAAGACAUUUGCCACACUUGGAACAAAUUUGUAAACUAGGGUGGCAACAAUGAUAAACUCCAAUUGUCUGGUUGCCAUGGCAAUGUGUCUAUACCGUAGGCUACAUGAAUUACGCAUUCACUGACGACAGACGAAGGAGUCCCUGGAUGUGAGCAGGAUCAACGUUGAAAAUUCAUCUGGAAUGUUGUCUAGCUCUCAUCAAAUAUGCAUUUCUGAGAUAACACGUUGAUGGAAGUUUUUUUUUUCGCUAUUGCGUUGGAUGAGCACUGACUUGGUCAUGUGAUCUAUUAUCAUCAUUUUUGUAUGCUAGCUCCAUGCAUGCUCAUCAUGAAAUGAGCAAAUAUUAUUAUAGUGACUGCAGUUUUACGGCUUGAAUUCAAUAAUGACAUUAAAGGCCAACAUGUGAUGUCACAGUGAACAUUUAUUUUAAGAAAAAGGUCUUUAAAAUCAAAUCAAGUUGAAUUCAUUCAAACAUUUAUCAUCUAGUAAGUUCUUACGUGGUUUUAGCUAGCCCAACUGGGGAAAGAAAACGAGGCGAAACCAAGCAGGCUGGAAAUCAUCAACGCAGAUAAGCACAUGUGAGCAGGAACGUACUUGUACCUUUAGCCUGGCUCACACCUUUGCUUUAUGGGAUUGCGUUCAGCUUCGGACAAAUGCAGUCAAACUCAACCAAAAUCCAUACGAUCAUGGAGACAGGUAAAUGAGGUGAGGACGCAUGAAAAUGAAUAACAACGGGCAACAGCAAUUGGCUUACAUAGGCAUUAGCAAAGCGUUAGUGCUCGAUUCAUCUCGCUUUAUUAGCUCGCAUCACCUUGCUUUACUGCGUUCAACUUUGUACAAGCUCCGACAAAGCUUGUAGGCAAAAGUCAGAUUACAACCAAAUAUUUUGCUGCAAGCCUGCAUAGUUUGCUGCAUUAGGUUGCGUAUGGCUGUUUUGGGCUAAUGCAGUUAAAAACGCAAAGGUGUUAGAUAAAGACCCAGUUGCGAAGUACUGACAGAAUACCUGUGCAAAUUUUGCUGAUUAUCAAGUAUUUGCCUCCUCGUAGAUUCAAGCUGUAAAAACUUAAAUCCUCUCUUAAUUAAAACCUUCGCCCCAAAAAAGAUAAUAAUUGUAAAUAAACUAAACAAAUAAAUAAACAAUUUUUUUUUCAAAUUAUGAAAAAACAACUGAAAUAAUAUGAAAUAAAAAGAUGAAUAAGCUAAAAACUAAAACAAAAAUUAUGAAAAUGUUAAUGAAACUGUUAAAAAAUAAAGAAUGAAAUUAAAUUUAAGCAAAGUUAAAAAGAAAAGAAUGAAAGCAACUA